AAAACCUAGUUGCUGCUAGCUACCAGUACACACGAACUACAGUCACGUGUGACUUUUGUAGUCUUCCAGUAAGUAAUGUUGUGUUUAGAUAAACGCGUCCUCUCUGAGAUGAACCUCGAGGUUAAAUGCAGACCCGAAGGCUUCUGGUCUGCGGUUGAUGUUUGGAUAAAGAAGCCUCAUGUAGUGAAUAAGCGGCUGUGCGGAGCGACAGAGACUGAAUACAGGGAUGUGAGCCGUGAGGAGCUCGAGCUCUGUCUCUGCAGCCUCACCGGUGUCAAUCUGCGGGCUUUACCGGGAGUCCUAGCUUUCCUGCACGCGCACACCGUGGCCACAGACCAUCAGACCUGGAGUGUAGGAGAAAGAACCAUCAUCCCUAAAGUAGGUCUACAGAGCAACGGACCAAAGCUGUACAAGGAGAUUAUUGUCAAAGAUUUGGUUGGACAAACAGUGACGUUUCUCCCAACUGAAGAAAACAGUGAAGGCCACAUCGUUAUGAAGGACAAUAAUAUUUAUCAGAUCCAGCUUCAGGAAAAGACAGAUGAUUGGAUAAUGUCUCUUCAUGCCUUGAGACCUGAUCAGUGGUAUAGUGACGGCGUCACCUACCCCAAACUCACCUGGCUGACGUCAGAGCUUCUCCCUAAACUAGCACGCUGGGCCACAGAGAGCAAAGCCACCGAGUUCAAGAGUACUCUGUCUCUCAUUUCUGUUGAGAAGUACAGCGUAGUCUACCAGCAGCUGAAAAACAAAUAUAAAGAGAUUGUCAAGGUUUGGCCUGAAGUUACCAAUCCUGAGAAAUUUGUCUUUGAGGACGUUGCCAUUGCUACAUAUCUUCUUGUUUUAUGGGCUGAAGAGCGAGCUGAAAGAGGAAUAACAUCCAAUCAGUCUUUUGUGGACCUGGGUUGUGGAAAUGGCCUUCUCGUCCACAUAUUAAACAAUGAAGGGCAUCCUGGAAAGGGAAUUGACAUUCGCAAGCGAAAGAUCUGGGACAUGUAUGGACCCAAUACACAUUUAGAGGAAAAGGCAAUCACACCCAGCGCCGAGUUCCUCUUCCCUGAGACGGACUGGCUGAUUGGAAACCAUUCAGAUGAGCUCACGCCAUGGAUCCCCGUUAUAGCAGCCAGAUCGUCCUAUCACUGCCGCUACUUUGUGCUGCCUUGCUGCUUCUUCGACUUCUGUGGAAAAUACCAGCGCAGACAGUGUAAGAAGUCUCAAUACAGGGAGUACAUAGACUUUAUCAAUGAGGUCAGCACAUCAUGUGGCUUCCAAACAGAUGAAGAUUGUCUGAGGAUUCCCUCCACCAAGCGGGUCUGCCUAAUUGGGAAGAGUAGGAGUUAUGAGCAGGCUGAAGAAGAGUUUGCAGACGUGAAAAGAACGGACUACAUAAGGGGACGUCAGGCCUUAAUCUCGACAGUUGUUGGCCAGAAAAUACACAGUGGAUCUCAUCAUCAUGGAGAUGGACAGGAGAUGGCCAAAGCAGCAUGCGACUGGGGAAAAGGAUUUCAGCCGAGGGAGAAGAUCGAGACAGUCAGAAACUGUGCAGCUCUCCCUAGAGACUUUGUAGAUGGUGUUGUCCUGAAGGUAGCAAUGGCUUUGUUGGGACUCGCUGGAGGAAAAACAGAGGAGGAGGAAGAGGACAAGAUUGGAAAGGAGAGAAUUAGAUGGAAUGCUGGAGGCUCACUGUCUGUCCGUGAGGUAGCUGAGCUCCUGGACAAGUCCACAUUGCAGACACUGAAGAAAGAGUGUGGAGGACUACAGACUCUGCUGAAAAACAACCACCAAGUGUUCCGGGUGGAAGGUGGACAGGUUCACAUUCGAGACUGGCUCACUCAAGGCUCCCAGACGGAUCUGAAGCGCAAAUCCCAAAUCUCAGGAGCAUUAAAAACACGACUCUGCUGGUUCCACACUCACCACCCUGAUGGAUGCCCGCUGUCCAGCAAAAACUGUGUUUUCGCCCAUGGGGCUGACGACCUCCGACCCUCCACACGACCCCUGAAAAAGCACAGGAGCUGACCAUGAUCGAUCUAUAGAACUAUUGUUUAUGUUUAUAUUUGAAUUGAAAAUCCUCGAUAAGACUGUUUUCCACCUUUAUUUCAAAAAAUUAAUACAGAGCUAUUUUAUUUUAGGCUUCAAAAUUAUUUGUCUUGUCGGUGUGUGUAAAUUGUUAAUACUGACUUGGCUUCAUAUUUAAAUCAACAGAUCAAGCUGAAUUUCUUCUUGCAAAUCUUAACAAUAAACUUAACAUGAACUCAGUAAGGACCACAAGAUACAAGUAUUUAUUUUUCAAAGGAUUCACCCCAUUGGGGCAUUAAACUGUUUUUAAAUGUUAAAGGUAUAAAUAAUUUGCCAGGCAGUGUGGGGGGGCAGGCCAAAGUAUAGGUUAUUGUCCCUCUCCUCAAAUGCCACAGGACAGGAUGUCUGUGCUCUAUACAGUGGACUGAGGCUCUAGAGCUUAUGGUUGAUGGUGAGGUGUGAAAUAAAUUUCUUUUGUUUUU